GGUGAAAAGGAGGACGAACCCGGAACUCAAGCUGAACUAAACUUCUCUGGUUGACUUGAACGCGAUAAGGAAAUAUAUAAUCUGCUGCUGUUAUGUUAUUCAAGUCACUCGUAGGGAGUGCCUGCACUCUGCUCGGAGCUGCUACAGCCUUCAAAUACGCCCCUGUAGAAGUCCGGGCCCAGGCAGCUGCCCUCCUUCACAGCGCAGUGAGGAAAUCCUCAAUGGUGGAACAAGCAAACAUGAGGGUUGAACUUCUCCCAGCUCUCAGUGACAACUACAUGUACCUCCUGAUAGAUCCGGACUCCAGAGAGGCAGCUAUUGUUGACCCUGUGGAGCCAAUAAAGGUUAUUGAAGCCGUCAGAAAACAUGGCGUAAAACUCACAACAGUUCUGACCACUCAUCACCACUGGGAUCACGCUGGUGGAAAUGAGAAGAUGGUGAAGCUAAUGCCGGGACUGAGGGUCUACGGAGGAGACGACCGAGUCGAUGCCAUUACAAAGAAAGUUUCUCAUUCCCACAGUUUCAAAAUUGGAUCACUCAACGUCAAAUGCCUGUUUACACCGUGUCACACGACUGGACACAUCUGCUACUAUGUGACAAAGGAAAACAGCACUGAGCCGCCAGCUGUUUUCACAGGGGACACGCUGUUUGUGGCUGGUUGUGGUAAAUUCUUCGAGGGUACAGCAGAGCAGAUGCACAAAGCCUUGAUAGACAUCCUGGGACGCCUGCCUCCUGAAACGCGUGUUUACUGCGGUCACGAGUACACCGUCAGCAAUCUGAAAUUUGCACGUCACGUGGAACCGGACAACGAAGUCAUUCAGAAGAAGCUGGCGUGGGCAAAGGAGAAAUGCAGUGAUGGAGAACCAACCAUCCCGUCCACGGUGGCAGAUGAAUUCACAUUUAACCCCUUCAUGAGAGUAAAAGAGAAGUCCGUGCAAGACCACGUAAAGCAGACGAGCUCGAUUGAAACCAUGAGAAGUCUCCGGAAAGAAAAAGAUGGCUUCCGGGUGCCCAAGGAGUGAUGUCCAGCGACUUUUCUUAACUGCUUACAACGCUGCGAGCUGUCAAUAGUGAACUACAGAAAACAUCUGCAUAUUCAAAGCCUCCAUAAAUCAAUCUACUACAUUCACGCUCCCAUUUUUCAUCACUACAUUCAGCCCUAAUAUGGCUAUAAACUUGUUUUAGUUGACUUUGGUUUCGUGGUUUUAAGGAAUAUAUGGCCAUUAAUUCAAUGCUUUAAAUGACAAAUAAGUUUGUAAAUCUGAGUUUUAGAGUCUAUUUAAUAUAUUAAUGUACAAACUACAAUUUCAUGAAGUGUUAAAUGGGAGCAGCUUGAAGAAAAAAUGUUGGAAUACGUGUACAAUUUCUGUAAAUUCAUAAAAUAAUUUUGUUGUCUGUAAAGAUUCGUAUCAACGCUUUAUUUUGGAGGGCUUCCGUGUGGCAUUUCUUUUCAUAUUUGCGUGGAAGCUGGUUGUUAAUUAUGUGAAAUUCAGCACAAGUGCUUUUUUAUUUCUUCCUUUAUUCAAAAGCGCUCUGUGAGCAAAGCAAUGUCUACUUACUGCUGUGUCAGCAUUACAUGUUAGAUACCCUGAAUGCUCGUUUGCAUGUAAAGUACAAUCUUACAAAGAAUAUUGCAUGAUGUUCUUCGGAAAAAGCAAUAAAACAAAUUUAUU